CAACUCGGCUUCGAGCAGUUUAAACAGGUUUCAAGCAGUUGCGUUUGACAAACAGCUCGACUAACUGACACACGGAAAUGUUCGCGUGGUUUGAAAACCAAAACCAGUCCAGUUUGGCAACACUGUUCCGUGUUUACAUCCAGCAACACGCCGGCCGAUUUCGAACAACCAAUGGCUAGACCGAUUUCGUUCGUUACUGGAAAUGCGAAGAAGCUGGAAGAGGUACGUGCCAUCCUUGGGACCUGCUUUCCCCGGGAAAUUAUCGCUGUGAAGCUGGAUCUGUCCGAGCUGCAAGGUGAAAUCGAUGACAUCUGCCGGCGCAAGUGCCUCGAAGCGGCCCGCCAAGUGCAGGGACCGGUAAUGGUAGAGGACACCUGCCUGUGCUUCAACGCCUUGAAAGGACUUCCUGGUCCUUACAUCAAAUGGUUCCUUGACAAGCUGGGUCCGGAAGGGUUGCAUAAGCUGCUCGACGGAUGGGAAGAUAAAUCCGCCCAAGCCGUGUGUACGUUCGCCUACACCGAACAACCCGACGGUGAGGUGAUACUGUUUCAAGGGCGCACCGACGGAGACAUAGUGGCACCGCGUGGUCCACGAGAUUUCGGAUGGGAUCCCGUGUUUCUACCGACCGGAUACGACCAAACGUACGCCGAACUGCCAAAGACGAAAAAGAACGAAAUCUCGCACCGGUACCGUGCGCUAGCAAAGCUGGCCGAACAUUUCUCCACCGAAAAAUGAACCCGUGAAUAGAAACGCAGAUAGCUCUCAAAGGUAAAUGUGGAA